CGAAAAUGCAAUGGCCGCCAUCUUCGACUCUUGUGAAUGUUUUGGUCGUAGUUUCGGACUUUAAGGCCUUUUUAAUUUGUGCUAUGAAAAUAUUUGACGGAAAUAGCUUAAAUACGUCGUAGGGGUUGUUAUUUUCUUUGAGCAAAGGAAGCGAUAUAAUGUGAAUUUUGAAUAUAAUUUGGAACAAUGACCUCGACAAUAGAGUCGUAUACGAGCGUUAAAAAUAUUUUCCGGCCAUAAUAUACUCCGAUCCUGAAUUUAUAUAUGAAGAUAUUAAAAGGCGCAGGGAUAAACCAUCAAUUUUCGAUUGCAGUCGAAUAAAUUUAACUCGGAGACAAGGCGUUCUCCACGGCAUCAUCUCGGGUCUUACCCAAGAUGGUAUUCUCAGCAUGUCAACUUCAUCGGAAUAUGAACCUGUGGCCCGGCAAAGUUACGGGCCGACCACCUCCAGUGAAAACAUUUUUGAACACAUAUUGGAAUCAAAAGUAAUGAAUACUAUGGAUGCGCCAAGUGUUCGUACACCUGUUUUGAGGGCUGUACCCAUAUCUAGUAAUGAGGGCGACCCUGAACCUGAUUCCACGAACCAUGAAAGUAUUAUAAAAUCUGUUCAUAAACUAGAGAAUAAAGAUAUUGAUUAUCACAUUAAUGAUAAAGUGUGUGAUGGUGAGAUGUCUGUAGAUUCCCUUCCAAGAAUCAUGAGGAUAGAGGAGGCCUCUCUUGAUACUGUGGGGCAUAUUGCCUACCCCAUAUUGCAGGAAACAGAUGACUCCAGUGAUGGAAAUUAUAUAGAGAAUACUGCAACACUUAUUCAAGCACCUUUGAGUAGUGCAAUUGUACAGAAUGUUGCCAAACUUCCACAGAACUUUACAAUUAAUGUUGAUGCAGCUGUUGGAAAUAUAACUGCUAUUCAAAAUGUUUCCCAAGAUGUCACAGGUAACCAAACAUUGUGGUUGCCUACAAUUCUUGCAACAAGUGCACCUACUGAUAAUAAAAAUGAUGAUGAUAGACAACAAGGUGUAUCGCAGUUCAUAAUCACAAGCGAAAGUUAUGUCAAUGAUGCUAAUCUUGGUAGGAGGGCAAAUAUUAUAGAGACAAAUUAUAAUUCUCGCCCUAAGACUUCUAAAGUGCAAAUUUUAAGUAACAUAACUUUACCAAAAAAUGCUAAUUAUUCACAGCAAUACAUAACGCAAAAUAAAGAUAUGACAACUCAAGUGUAUGGAACCCAGAAUCAUGUAUAUAAACUAAGUGCUAAUGUGGUGUCCCAAAAACAUAUAAAUAACUCUGUCCUCUGUACUAAGACAGGUAAAAGUCAGUCUCUUAUUGGUGGUGCGACUUUAUCACCUACAGUUAUUAACAACAGUCCAGUAAAAAAUGUAUCAUAUGGGUUCACUAAAGGCACAAAUAUAAAUAAGGUGAACAAUGGUGCUAAUCUUAAUACUAUGGUGGCUGCAUCGUCUGGAAACAUGCAGUGUCACAUUUUGUCACGAGUUGUAUCUGCACCAAAUAAGGUGUCGGUACAUUCUGGAAAGAAAUCUGUUAAUACAUUUAAGGGUAAGAAUUCCCAAGUGCAAAAAAAUCAAUCCAGAGCAAUAAAGAUUAUUCAGCAGGCUGGUACUGCUCAUAAAUCAGAAAGUAAGACAUGGCCUGUAGCCAGCGUCACAUACAAAGGUCAAUCUUCGAAUUAUAACAACAUGGAUAGUAAUACUUCUAAGGUUAUACAAAAGGUAGGCAGUCCUUCUACUAAGAAUCAUCAACCUUUGGCUUUACAAAAGGUGCAAAAAGCAGAACGUUUGGUGCUACAAUCACCAUGUGGACCAGUUUUAUUAACCACAGCUCCAAUAAGCACAAGUCUUCCAAAAGGACCUCAUUACGUACAGUCUGGAGCUACACCUAAUCUACGCUAUGUUCAAACAUAUGGACCUGACAACCAGCUCUCUACAAUAUCUCAAGUAUCAGCAAAUCAACAGUUAACAGCACAAAUUUUACAGUCUUUAUCUCAACCAAAACUCAUGCUUCAACAGAGCCCUACACCAGUCACUCCAAAACGGAAUAAUAAAUCCCCUCAUCCCAUUGAAGAGAUUACUGAAGUUAAACCAACUAAUCGCAAAAGGAUUGUUUUUGGAGAUAAAUCAACUUUACUUACUGCUGAUGAUAUUAUCGGUACGGAAGAGAGGCCAAACUUGUCUGAAGAGUUACGACGAUAUACACACCAUGCACUGGCUUUUAUAAUGCUGGAUCAUACAUAUGCCCUGCCAAUGCAAAAGCAACCAACAGUGUCAUCCCCGACUCUUGCUCCAAUUUCUACCCCACCUUCAAGUGUCUCAACAACUAUAACAACAACAUCAGCACCAGCAACAAUAACAACAGUUACACAAGUAUCAUCCCCAUUGAGCCCCCUGAAAAUCUCACCUGUAAUUCCAACCACCACACCGUUUGACCUUACUCUUUCAACUAUUAUACCAACAUCAGUGCCAGCACCUCUCCCAGUUGCGACAGUACCUGUAAGUUGUAUAACAUACAAACCACAGCCACCUCCUCAACAAGAUGAUGAUGCAGCAUCAGUUAUAUCCUCAAUUGAAGGGGAGAGAAGACCUCCAGAACAAGGCGGGAGUGAUACUGAAACAGCUCCAGAAGGGGAAGAAGAAGGCAAAACGAGAUGCAUUUGUGAUUUUACACAUGACGAUGGAUACAUGAUAUGUUGUGACCGUUGUGGAGAAUGGCAGCAUGUAGAUUGUAUGGGUAUUGACAGAAAUAAUAUACCUGAUGCUUAUAUGUGUGAACUUUGUCAACCUCGCGCUAUAGAUAGACGUCAUGCUCGUGCCAUACAAUUACGGAAAAGAGAAGAAUUGAGUGCACUAGGAGCAUCUGAUUCAGAUUCUUCAGAAUGCACAAGAAUUCCUGGGCAAAGACGAAAGAGAUUGUUAACAGUUACAACAUAUACAAAUACAAGUGGAUCAUGCGUUACGACAUAUAAUUCAAAUAUUCCAGUUCUUCCACCAUUACCGCAACCCUCAUUACCACCUUUACCACCAAAAAGAGGGCCAAAAAGGCCAAAGAAAGCAGAAAUAGUUAGGAAAGGUACAAAACGAAAACUGACAGAAAAACGUGUAAAGCGUAAGAAGGAAUUGAUGCUAAAUAGAAACAAGUACAACGCUAGUAUGUCUAAUAAUCAGUCGCAUUGGCGAGAUCUUUACGAAGUGGCAAUGACGAAUCAUUAUAGCCCUGAAUUGCGGGCAAAAAUAAUGAAAUACAGCAGUAAACUUGGUAAUACAUCCAACAUGGCUUCGUCUAUCACAGCACAUUUAUGUACAACGGUUCCCCACGCAGGUGGAAAAAUUUUGAUUGCUACGAAAGAUUUGAAAGAGAACACUCCAAUAAUUGAAUUGAGAGGAAAAUACAUGCUUUCGAAUCAACACCGCCCACAAUUACAAAACUCAGCACGGGCUGGAAGUCAAAAACCUGGACCUUUUGUGUUUUUCUACAGGUUACCUAAAGAUAACACACAGAUUUGUAUUGACACAAGGACAUAUGGUAAUGAGGCGAGAUUUGUGCGUAGGUCCUGUAAACCAAAUGCAGAACUUCAACAUUGCAUUGUAAAGGGAGCUUUGCAUGUUUAUUUGGUAACGAUUGGCGUUAUUCAGUCCAAUACGGAAAUAACAGUUGGUCAUGAUACAGAUGGUAGCAAGCAGCCCUGUGCUUGUGGCAAUCCUAAACAUUGCAAAGUGAAUGGUGUUACUUCAAUGAGUUCUAGAAAACCAAUUGAUUUCCCUUCAAGAGAAAAACGUAGUCGUAACAGAUGUUACAGUUCGUCUUCGCCUUUAUCCCCACCAUUGUCAUCCUUGUUGACAACACCUACUAAAGAAAUACCUCCACCAUUAAAACCUGAAGCUCCAAUCAUAAAACCUGAGAAAAAAUCACCUAUAAAACAUGAGUUGCCUCCUAUGUCACCAGUUAAAGAGCCUAUAAUGUCACCAGAGUAUUUUGAACCUAUAAAGUCAGAUAUUCCUGAAAUUAAAGAAGAGCAUCAAGAAAUAGAUCUUACAGCUAAAGAAGAAAUGAAACCUGACUUAGAUGAGCCUGAUUUUGUUAAAAUUGAGCCUAAGAUUGAAGAAAAACCAGAAGAAAUACCAAUGCCUGAAAUAAAUUAUGAACCUGAACCAGUGCAUCUCCAAGCGGUGGUUGAAGAAAAAGAAGAAAAGCCAACAAUAGAACUAUUUGAAACAACAAAAGAGCCUGUCUUGCCUUCAUUGUUUACAAAGAUAGAAGUUGAGGAACCAAAAGUGGAAAAAGUCGAAGAAAAGAAUAAAACUGAACCCAAAUCAGAAGAUGAGAAACCGGUAACUCGUGAAGUUACAGCUAAAUCUGCUUGUCAUGAUCGAUCUUCACGAUCAAGCAGAACAACAUGUGUUAACCAAGACUCAUUGGAUGAUAAAACCGAUGAUUCCCAAGACAAAUUACCAACUCCCUCUGGUAAAGAAAAAGAUAAAAGGAAAAUGACUCGUGAAGAACGUAAAAUGGAGGCUAUUAUGAAAGCCUUCGAAAGGAUGGAAAGAGCUGAACAGAGGAAACAAGAAGUGAAAGAGAGACAAAAGCGUAGAGAAUCUGAUCCACAUCCACAUAAUUAUAACGAAAAAGAUGACGAUGAUGAUGCACAUAAUAGUUUUAAAAAACGGAAAAGACGCAAAGGUCGAGCACGCACUGCCUCUCAAUCUAAUCGACGUCGUCUCAACUCUGCUGACAGUGAUCUUGUAACUUCAGGAGAUGAGGCCCAGCCUUUCUCCCCACCUCCAGAACAUUCUAGAAAUGAUGUUCACUCUUCCAUUGAUGAGGAUAAGUCACAUGAACCUGUAUCUGAGAAUCUGGGAUUGAGUUCAGCGUGUCUGCUUGUGGAAGCGGCUGUUGGGUCCGUCGAAUCGGCGUUCAAGCAACCGAAAACUAAGAAGACUAUGGCCAAUGAAUGGAUCGGUCGUUCGCCGGAUCGGACUCCUUCACCGUACAACUCUCCUUACCGCCCACCCUUAGUUUCAGCUACGUCUUUAGAGAGUUUAGUCAGAGUUGCUUCCACAAUGAUUGGUGAUCUUAGUGGAGGUCAAGACUAUCACGAAGAAGAACCGCAUUCGCCGCCAAGAACUCCCGGUAGAGAUAGAAAUAAACCUCCGAAGAAAGCUAAAAGGAUCACACGAAGUACACCACCUGCGGAAGUCACGGAAGUCGCACAACCAAUGCAGCAUAGUGCUAAGAAGCGAUGGUUAAGACAGGCCAUCAGUGAAGAGAGUGACACGCCAUGUAUAGACACAUUUGUUUCAGAAUCUCCACCUAAUGAAAUGGUUACUCCUUUGAAGAAACGAAGAUUAGCCAGAGAAUCCUUAUCUUGCGACCAAAACCCCAUAGAUCAUUGCCACGACGAGACCUCGCCGGUGUUAACGUCUGAAGAUUCACCAGUGAAAGAAGACUCGUUGGCAUUGGCGCGGCAAUAUAAGCGAAAUAUUAUGGAUAUGUAUGCUCGAGAUAGAACGCGAUCUGACAGUGGCCAGGGCUCCGAUGAUCAGUGCAAUAUAGAUCAUGAUGUUCUUAACGUUAAUUUAAAAGGACCACAUAAUUCUGAACAUAUAAGGAGGAUAAUUGGUGUCCCUGAUGACGAAACGCUAGAGAUACCUAAACCAGUUGACAUACCAGCAAAUAACAAUAAUAAUUUGGAAAUUGAAGAAACUAACAAUAAAGUUGUGCCAAUGGAAAUAGAUACGACUGUGAUAACGCAAUCAAAAAUAGAAUCUAACGAGAUCAACAUUGAAACGAAAGGUAUUGAAAGUCCUAACGAAAAAAUACACAGCUCUCAAUCUGCUGAUACGAGUGGCAACUCGUCUCCGCAACGUGACGAAAUGGAUGACAUUCAAAAGAAAAUACACUCAUUUCAUACAGAGAACAUAAUGAUUUUAAAGAGUAGAAAUAAGAAACCACCAAAGGAGAAACGGAAGAAGGUCAACCUAAACUUUGACCUCAAUAUGGUUGAUGAUCAGAUCAGUAUUCAGUUGCGUACGGAAGACGACACAAGUAAUCGCUCGGAGAGCAAUGGCGAUAUUCAUGACGACGCGAACCUUCACGAGGAUGCGAAAAUGCUUGUCUCGCCAGAAAAUAUUCCAUUGCCUCCUGUGGAGUCGAUACCGUUACCAGCUCCAGAGACCAUACCCUUACCGGAGGAAACCAAUCCGAUGCCAAUAAUUCCGCCUCCUGAAACUAUACCUCUGCCUGAGGAGCCGAUGAAACCCCAUCCAGCACAAACAUGUCCAGAAUCCCCUCCGGAACAUGAAGACAAAGAAAUCGCUGAACGUCCCACCGUCUUAGAAUCGACGGUGCCAUUCUCGACUAGGUUUAGUUCGACUGGACUAUUCUCCGGCAUAUUCAGCAAUAUGACGCAUUCGUUUAAAGUGGACUCGCCAAUAAACGAGAACAUACCAAAUAUGUCUUUAAUUAAAAGUGCAAUAGAUAGGACUACAAGUUUAGACAAUAGUAUAUUCGAUAAGGACAGUAUUACGCCAGUGGACGAAUUAAAAAGUGUACAAGAAAUUUUAACGCGAGUGAAUAAUAUGGACUCGAAUAACAGUGUGUUGUUGUCGGGGGUGUUGAAGAGUUCGAACAAGUCGAGCCUGUUGGCUUCGCCGGCGCCGGCGUCUUCGCCCCGCCCCAGCAAGCCCUACUGCCCCCGCAACGACCCCCGCCUCAACCCUCCGCCUGCUGACAAACCUAAACCAGUCCGAAGGAAGCUCUCUAUAACGGAGUACCGGAAGCGGCACAAGGGCCCCGCCGCCUCCGACGACGCGGGGCCCCCCGAAGGCGGGGAGCUAUGCGCGGGGCCCGAGUGGUCCUCGGGCUCCACGACGUCGUCGGGCUCCGCGUCGCUGUCGCCGCAACGGCUGGACGCAGCAGCCGCGGCCGCUGUGGACGACUUGGAGCAGCGACUGCACAAGGACCUCUCUUCCCAUAUGCCUAAAGGCGUGUUCGACGCGCAGCCGACGGCGUCGGAGCGGCAGCGGGAGAACCUCAGCUCGCGGCUGCGGCGCGAGUUCGGCCUCGCGCUGCCCGACGACGAGGAGGCGAGGCCGCCCACCGACACCUCGGAUGGCGCGGAGGGCGCGAAGCGAUGCGAGAGGUAGAGGCGACUCUACGCACACGCGAUAAGAAAAUAUUUUUGUAAAUCUCACGUUUCGCUUGUAAUAUAUUAUAAAUGUAACCUUUUUUUAUCGAGUUGUGUGUGAGGCGUUGUAUAUUUCGGUUUUCAACUAUUUUUAUUAUUUUAUUUUAACUUCACGGUUUUUCUGCAAGUACAAAUUGUUUUUAUUUUCCCCUCUGUACAUAAUGUAUAUAGAUUAAUGUAAGUCGUAGGGAAGCUAUGCGGUACGUAUGUAUAAUGGUAUGUGAAAAGAUUUUUUAUAUAUGUACAAUGUUUAUGUAUCUUAUUGAUAUGUUUAUUAAUAUAUUUAUUUGAUGGCGCGUCCUAGGGAACGUUGGCUAAGAUUUUGUACGCAUAAUGUAUAAGUAAAUUAUAGUUGUUUUUAUUGUUUUACUUUUUUUUUUAGGGUAUACACCGGGGUCUCGGGACUCUCCUAGGCUAUCUAGGCGUAGUUUUAGGGGUGUAAUUAGGAAUCGAUAUGAAUUCGCAUUAGCCAUUGUUAGAGGUUACAUUUUAUGUGUCAUAAUUUUAGGUGCGCGCGUGUCUGCAAUGUGCGAACACACCAUCACAACGUUUUGCCGUGUUUCGUGUUUAUCCCAGUUUUGUUUUUUAUUACUCUCGUCUGUAUUACAACACGCUAUAAUAUGUAGCGUGAAUUAUUCGUUAUAUGUCUGCAGCUGCAUCACGUGCGUUGCAUCGUGUCGGUCAUGUUGCACAACUUCCACACGUGCUAUCGCAUAUUAAUUAAUAACAUAACAUCGUAAACAGGAUAUGUUGUGCGGCGUGCUGCGUUUUGUAUUUAUUUUCAUACAGUUAAAUUUGAAUUUUAUAAAUUGCGUCUAAGUAUCCUGAAUCCUUGUACGUUUCGUUGUAAUUCCGUAGCAUGUUGUAGGUGCGUUUGAUUCGUUUUUUUCUUUUAUACGCGUAACAUGAUCAUCGAUUACAAGAGCAAUUUUUUAUAUUCAUCGGUAUGGUUGCUGUCUAAUGUAUGAUACUUUAUAAUCAAUCUAAUAGACAUAGUAUAUGGCAAUACUUAAAAACAUUAGUUGUAAUAGUGAACGCGCAGUUUUAGAUGUAGUUAGUGUAUAAAGAUGUUUCACACACCUUGUUUCAUCAAUUGUACCCAUAGACGAUAAUUACUAAUAAGCGAGUCGGCCGGUAACGCAGAUUUAUUUUAUUUUUUCGUUUAUCUCUUAUUCGAUAUAAUCUCACAUUUAGACAGUGACUAUACCUAACAUAACAACGAAUGCAUGUUGUGAGUAGGACUCGGUCUAACGUCGCCUUACCCAGUGAAAAUGUGCAAAAUAUUCUAUUGGUUGUGACAAAUACAGUUGCUUCGCUCUGCCGGGCCUCACUGAGCAUCUUGAUACGCUAUCUGAGGGUUUCUGUCACAAUUUCUCAUCUAGUCUUCAGUCGGGUAUCUUUACAAUAUGUCGAUGCAAUAACAGCGUUAGUCCUAUUGCAGCUUUUCUUGUUAAUCUACAUCGUUAGUUACACAGCUCUAUUGUCUAUGUUUGAGUAGAAUUUAGAUAUAAUUACUAAAUACCAGUCUGAGGUUUUUUUUUUUUGUCUACAAUAACUAAGCGGUAUCCAGUUGUCUCCGUUAAAAUAUUAUAAUUAUGUUGAUGCAGUGUCUUAUCCGUUACAUAAUUGGUCCAUUGCAUUUUGUUGACAUUCGUUGAACACAAAAGUGUUCAAACAAAAGCCCAGUGCGCUAUAUCGCCGAAAUUGCUCAAAAAUAUUGUAAAUUUAAUUUCCGAUAAAUAUUAUUUUCAAUCACACGGUCAGCCUUAAUGCCUGUCGCCUAAAUUGAACCUUCUUACCGCCUAUAAUUUUAUUUUUAAGUGGGCACAGCCAUACACGAUUCUUGUGUUCAUUUCGUUACUUAAUAUUAUUUGUGAUACAAUCAGUCGGGGGUCACAUAGUGAUUGAACUAUCCGUUGGAGAAUUUAUUUUACUCUGCACUUAUUACGUGGUCACCUAUUCUCGUGUCUCUACCGGUUUCUGCACAAACUCAGUGUAAAUAAGUACGAUGUUGUCACAUUCAUUAUUUCUAUUGUGGUUAUUUAUAAUCUUAUAAAUACUUUGGCAUUUAAUUAUCACUCCUAAAUAAACGUUUGCGAGUGUGGCAAUAUUGUUGACAAUUUCGUAAACGUCAUUUCACUAAGCAUAAUCGAACUUAGAUUUAGUCAAUACGUUGCAAUAAUCGCCUAAAGGCUUACGUGUAGUGAAAAAAAGUAGACG